GAAUUGCCACAGAAUUCAAUUUCGGUCUCCCAACCAGCUCAGAGCCCUGUGUCUACAAAGCCUCCUCGAAGUGGACUAGCUGGCCUCGUCCAGCUAUCAGAACACCUCAUCCGAAAUAAAAAAGACGCCACCAUGCGAAAGCUGUCGGAAGACGCCGCCAAAGGCAAGGUCCAGCCAUUGGCGUGUAGUUGGUGCGAACAAACCUUCCCUGACGCAACCCACCUGAGAAAUCACGCCACAUCCGUGCACGGAAAAGUCCUUUCCGGUCGGAGUAUUGUGUUCGUAGACCUCUCCAACGACCUCUCCCUCAUUGAUGACUUUUACCGCGAGCAAGGAGUCAAGCAAGAAGAGAAGACGCCAGCAAGGAUUCCCGGUGCGAAUAAGGGGCCAGAGGCGGUAGUUGAGGUUAGCGAGGUAGUCGAGGGGGAUGCGGGCGAGGUCCUCAAACCGGAGAGUCCACAACAACCCCCUCCAAAGCGGCGCAGAGGCAGGCCCAGGAAGGUCCCUCUGGAGGCCUCGGCAACACCGGCUGCGCAGCCCGCCAGUGAGACGAAAACGCCCGUGCGAAGGCGGCGACGACGAUCUCGGGCGAUCCCGUGCCCCUCCUUGAUUUUGUCGGAGAAGAGACCACGCAAAAUCCCACGUGGAUGGGAGGACUUUGAGACCCCUUUUAACAUUUCAAUGAAACCGGAAAGCUCGAAGGUUGCAGAAAACGAGGAAUCAUCCUACCUCCGUGAAAACGCCGGCCUCGACGUUACUUAUGACGAAGCUGACAACAAAUCUGGGCCAAUUUUUUCUCCCAAGGGUGAAAACGAUGUUAAGGAUUUGAAAUCGCAUGCCUUUUCAACUCUUUCAGAUGGCUCGGUGUCCUGUUUCAUCUGCGGCCUCACCUACCGUCCAGGUUCAAUCGAAGCGCAUGUUCGCUACGCCCACAAACGUUUUCCCAAGGACCAGUGCUUUAUCUGCGGCAAGCUCUUUUCAACCGUCGAGAAUGCCCGUGUGCACGUCCGAGCAGUGCAUUUUGCCCCCUUGGCCACACCACCUGUUGACGUCCUUGUAGGUGACAGUGGGUCCCUGCAUGAGGAGAGUUCCAUCGACAACGACGCCGCCGACGCAACCCGCGAGAUAACCGCCUCUCAGCCGCCUCAAGAGCUGCGAGAUGGUGAAUGCCGAUGCGUCGUGUGCCAGUGCAUUUGUCAGAUCCCCGAUCUCAAGAAACACGUGGCCGAGAGCCAUCGGAGUUUCCCCAAAACCAGGUGCUACUUCUGUGGACGACGCUAUUCAACGCCCCACGCCGCCUCCGAGCACAUGGAAACCAUUCACCUUAGUAAGCGUCCUGCCCCGGAAUCGCAUUUCACCUGCCUGCCUUUCUCCACAAUCAUGCAUCUUCGCCCUUUUCUACCUCCUUGCAUUUUAGAAAAAUCACUCUUCACGUGUCCCGAGUGCGAAAAGAACUUUGGCGGGCUGCAGGAGUGGCGAGAACACCUGGAAAAUAUCCACCAACGUGACACCUUGUACAAGUGUGAGCACUGCGGAAAAGCCUUCGGAUGGAAGAAAUUCCUUCGUCAACACGUUCGCGAAGAACACGUUGCACAAUUCGUCCUUUCAGGCGACGGCUCCGGAUCCGUCUUCGGGAUGCGCAAUAGCUUCCGGGCGGAGAGGACGACACUGCAAGAGGAAUGUGACAGGCAGCAGCGUCUAAGCAACGGCGCUGCUGCUCCGGACGCUGAAACCGCCGAAUCUGAGGCCGGCAGAGCAGACGAAGUCGCCAAAGAAGCGCCGGAAGAGGGCGAAGCGACCAAUUUCGAAAUCACCAAUUCUUCCGAUACGAGCAAAAACGCAGUGAUGGAAUACGAGUACGAGUUAUCUGGGAGUUAUGGAAGUCCAACCGUCGACUCUUCUGAAGCCAGCAGUGUGGAUAUCUGUCCUAUCUGCAAGAAGAUCCUUCACACGAAAAAGUCCCUGAAAACCCACAUUGAAGCCAUCCAUCAGAAGAUGAAGCGGUACGCCUGUGACCUCUGCGACCGCUCCUUCUACGCCCGAUGCGACCUCCGAAAGCACAUUGACUGUGUCCACAACCGCUUAAAGUCAUAUUCUUGCAAUGAGUGUGGGAGGCGCUUCUUUUUGCAUUCUCAGCUUGCUGCGCAUCUGAUCAACCACCACAAGGGUGUGUGCCUUGUCCUUUACGCCUGUAACGAGUGUGGCCGACGCUACGCCAUCAGGCAGGUGCUUAACGAUCACAUUUGGCGUUUCCACACAGAUAAGCCCAAACGAAUUCGGAUCAAUGGAAGGCUCGUGACGCCCAAUCCAGCCACAAUGUCGCAGUUGCAACAGGCCUCUCCGCCGGUGCCAACCCAGUUACCGAGCCAAGCCCUCGUCACCAGCCAGCUGCCGCCCACCGCCACCACCACCACCACCCAAUCCGUCGAGCCGACUGAACUGGCCAUUCUGGGUGGCGGCGCGACGGGCCUGCAGGAGGUCUACCUCAUCGGCAAUCAGCUCUACUUCGCUGAGAACGUAUCGCUGCCAGCGACGUCGCUGGAAACCGAGGCAACCCAGGUCUACGAGGCCGUCCAGUUGGAGGGUGCCAAUCGACAGGCCGCUUUGUUCUCAUCUCGUUGUUUUUGUUUGCUAGACAACGGUGAAAACCAAAUAAUCGAACUCGAUAUGGCAAGUGGAGGUGAGACGAUAAUUCGAGCAGAGGACUUGGACAGUGAACAAAGGCUCGCCCUUGGAUUCGAUAAGAGCCACGCGAUGUUGACGACCACGCCAAUGGACAGUCUGGACGCGAACGGUGUGGUCAUCCAGCAGCUUCCACUCGCCCUGAUGGACGGCGAGGCGUCCUGCAAGGUGACAGGCUCCGGCGACGCUAAUCAGCAAGAGGUCGCCUACCUCACGUACCAGCAGUCCUUCUAG